ACCGGGAGAUGGCGAUGUUUACACCGCAGCUAUGUAACCCAUGAAGAAGGAGAGAACUGGUUCAUCGACUGUUCAGUUUUUCUUUCCAAUUUUUCUGCACCAUGUCCUCCACAGACCUGGGCCGCGCACUCUGCAUCAUCACCGGGGCCUCCAGAGGCUUCGGCCGGGCCGUAGCGGUGCAGCUCUCCCGGUUGGUGAAGCCGGGCUCGGUGCUCCUGCUGGCGGCCCGCUCCGGGGACGAGCUGCGGGCUCUGCAGGAGGAGCUGGCCGGGUCAGAGGCAGGCAGAACCGGGGUGAAGGCUGUGUGUGUGGAGGCUGAUCUAGGACAGAAGGAGGGACCGGAGAGAGUCCUGAAGGCUGCUGCAGAGGCUUCUUCUGAGGAGAUAGAGCACCUGAUACUGAUCAACAACGCAGCCUCUCUGGGUGAUGUUUCCCGCUUCUGCAAAGACUUCACCAACAUGGCUGACAUGGACUCCUACCUGUCUUUCAACUUCAGCUCCUGCCUCUGCCUCACCGCCGGCGUCCUGCAGAGGUUUCCAAAGAGACCGGGUCUGAAGCGGACCGUGGUGAACGUGUCCUCAGUGUGCGCCCUGCAGCCGUUCUCCUCCUGGGUGCUGUACUGCAGCGGGAAGGCCGCCAGACACAUGAUGUUCAAGGUGCUGGCUCAGGAGGAGCCGGACCUCAGGGUGCUCAGCUAUGGUCCAGGUCCGAUGGGCACGGCCAUGCUCGAUGAGGGUCGGUUCAGAACAGCUGACCCUGCCCUGAAGAAUUUUAUCUCAGGGAUUUACACUGAGGAGAAGCUCAUCACCUGCGAGGAGUCCAGCUCUAAGAUGAUGAAGCUGCUGCUCAAGGAUGAAUACACAUCAGGAGAUCAGAUAUCCGUCUACGACGUGUAGAGUCAGCAGUCAUGUUCAAAGUGCCUUAAUGUUACUUUAAACUUUAUUCUGGACACUGAUAUGUUUAUAAUUUUGAUGGUGACAACAAAGCAACUUUCACAGACACAGAGACGUGCCUUCAUUGAAUCAUACCUUGAUGACACUUAAAGGGACUGAGAGUUUGCUGUGAGGCGUCCAAAGCUCUUGUUACUUUUGGUAACAACAAAGCAACUUUAUCUUGAAUUUUAAGAUGAUUUGAUUUUUCUAUUAAACUGAUUUUAUAUAAUA